AUGCAAGUGUGCAAAAUAAAUGAAGUACAGACCAAGUCUUCGCCUCCACCAUACAGCAGUAUUACCGGGGAAGUACCGACCACUUCAGAUACUGAAGUUUACAGUGAGUUUUACCCCGUGCCACCUCCGUACAGCGUUGCUACCUCUCUUCCCACAUACGAUGAAGCUGAAAAGGCUAAAGCUGCUGCCAUGGCAGCUGCAGCAGCGGAAGCACCUCAAAGAAACCAGGAGGAAGAAUGUACACCAAGAGAUGACUUCAGUGAUGUAGACCAGCUUAGAGUAGGCAAUGAUGGCAUUUUCAUGCUGGCAUUUUUCACGGCAUUCAUCUUCAACUGGCUUGGAUUCUGCUUAUCCUUCUGUAUCACCAACACCAUAGCUGGAAGGUAUGGUGCUAUCUGUGGAUUUGGCCUUUCUCUGAUCAAAUGGAUCCUUAUUGUUAGGUUUUCUGGUUAUUUCAAUGGACAGUAUUGGCUUUGGUGGAUAUUUCUUGUACUUGGCCUCCUCCUUUUCUUCAGAGGGUUUGUUAAUUACCUAAAAGUCAGAAACAUGUCUGAAAGCAUGGCAGCUGCACAUAGAACAAGGUACUUCUUCUUACUAUAGAGACUGCAUCAAGCCAACAUUCCUUCCUUGUACCAAUGUGAAAUGUCCAUGUCAUCUGUAGACCACAGCUUUGCUAGGAUAGAAGACUACUGAGAGCGGGAGGAAACUGAGAGGUGGAGCUUUGACGUUAGAUGACAGGGUGGUUUAUGCUUAA